CCAGCCAAUCCGUUUCCCACGGCAUCGCCCACUGAGCUGUUCCAUCAAGCAGCUCUCUCUGGGCUACAGUUCAAAUCCAGAAACAAAAACAAAAAACAAAAAGAGAAAAAGAUACAAAUAGCCUUCCCUCCUCACUCCUCCCCCUCUCUCAUUCAACUCCAAUUUUCAUUUUGCAAUGCAAUUCCAAGAACCUAACCCUCGAGAGGAACCCUAAGGGCUUUGUUUGGUUCAUAUGGGUGGUUUAACAAUCCGUGCGCCGAUUACGGCUCGAGUGGCAUUUUCCGGCAUGGUCAUGUAGACAGCUCCGUUCUCCAACCUCGCACCAAUUUCAUUCAGAUUGCAGUUCUCAGGCACGUAGAAGUCCUUGUGGAAGCAUCUCCUUUUUGUUGCUCUCGAUCGCACGCUCCUCGCUCAUCUUCAAAUGGCCAACGAUUCGAACUUGGAUUCGAUGCUUCGAAAUCUGAGUCCUGAAGGAGAAGCUCCUUGGCUCCCGCCCAAACCCUGGGAAUCGAUUGCGUCUGAGAGCGGAAGUAUUUCUCUCACCGAAGAGCAUUCCAGCUCCAGAUUCUCCGAUCCCAUCUACGACCCCUCAACUGUCUCGGAGAGCACUUUGGUGAGGCUGGUCAUAAAUGCAUUACAAGGUGUCAAAUCAGCACUAGAUGACAUCGAAAAGCUCUGUGAAGCAUUUUCCUCUAAUCCAGCGGACAGAACCUUCCAUCGAAUUCCUAGUUUAUGGCAUCGAUCAUCAAGCACCAAUGCUUUUGGGAAGAUUCUGAAAUCAAUUGGCCACUCAGGUCUUGUAUUUUUCCUGCUCUGCAAAUUUGUGGAUUAUUUCGUUGGUGCAAAUCUGAAUGUAGGUGGAGAGAAUAGAGACGAUAACAAGAAGAGGGGAAAAGAAACGAGUCCUAAAUUUGCUGAAAGUCAAUCAGAAACACGGAAUGGGGAUAGUCACCAUGGGAAGGAAAUGGGGGCAUGUCCUCGAUACAGUCUUGUCAAUCAGGCAUUUUCUGUUGCAGUGGGAAAAAUUUUAGAAGGAUACGUUUGUGCACUGAAUACUUUAUUUUCAUCAGUACAUCUGAGGCAUUCAUCGAAGAAUGCCAAUCCGCAUCAGCAAGUUUCUCCUGUAGUGGGCUGUCUUACCAGCAUCGUACAUUCUGAAAUAUCUGUCUUGGAGGUUUACCUGCAUACAAAAGAAUUGAGAACUCACAUUCAAGCUCUUCAAAAUAUUUGCUUCUUCAAGAAUGAAGAUCUUGCCUCAUUAGUUACUUCUAGAGAGGAUGCGGUGGUUGAAAUGACCUUAAAGCUUCGCGACUUCCCCAGAGGAACAGAUCUACUUACAUAUUUGUAUGUUCAACUACGGGAUGCUGAUCCAGUUCAUCGUGCACUUCUCAAGUUUCUUUUUGUCCGCUCAUGUGAACCAUAUUGUGGUUUCAUCAAAUCAUGGAUUUAUCAGGCAAGCAUUUGUGAUCCUUACAAGGAGUUUAUCAUAGAACAUGAUGGUGAAUCAUCGCCUUCUUCGCAUGGCAAAGCCGGCUACCGCAGUUACUUGUCGGAGGCAUCUAUAAAGGAAGGAGAUGGAGUAGCAGUUCCUUGUUUUCUGCAAGAUAUCCGUCUCCCCCUCCUUAGAGCUGGUCAGCAACUUCUAGUGCUUGUAAAACUGUUGGAUAUGUGUAAUUUUGCGACCGUUGCAGAAGAUCACAGUUACAGACCAGGAGCUCAUUUCUCUUCUCCUUUGUCAAAUCUAGAAGAUGUCCUUCCUUACUGGAACGAUCCUUCAAAUAAGCCCAUAGCUUGCUCGUCCCCAUUAACUUUCAGCAAAAGAAAUAUAGAAGCCAUGAUACUUAAGAGGGAAACUGUGCACAGAAUGGCACAAGAAAAGCUUAAAAGGCUUUUCCCAAGAUUAUGUAUCAGAUGUCGGCAAAUAAGUUCCAGUGUAAUUCCAUUUUGUACGUUUCCCUUUUUCCUCGAUAGCAGAAGAGGUGGUGAAAACAUUCCAACAGCCUUGAUAUCUGAUGAAGGAUUGAUUUCUUCUCACUCAACUGCUGACGAAGAAGCCACAGAUUUGGCUGCAGGUGCAGAGGAUACUGAUGCUUCUAGCACAUCAGAUUAUUUUUCUUCUGAUACAGAACAGUCUGAUAUCUCCGAAGAGAAAUACAAGUUUCAGGAAUCCACUGGACAGCCCGAUAUUUUUGUUGUAUCAGAACCAGGAGAUUUUUCAGCGUCAGGGUUGUUUUCAUGUUUUGAAAAUCGAAGCAUAUUGAGAAAGCCUCUGGGAAGUGAAACACCAAAGGGCAUGGAGUGUGUUCAUGAAGUGAGUUGUGAUAGAAUGGAUACAGACCCACAUCAUAAGGAUGUAGAGUUGACUCAAUUCUCCCUGACACUUCAGUCAGAGGCAUCAAAAUGGUGUAGAAAGUUGGAAACCUCAAAUGCAAAUUAUUUAUUUGGUACAUGUUGGCCACUUGGAGGUCUUCUGAAGAAUCCUUUUUCUUCUGUUGGAGGAUAUGCAGGUGAGACGCAUGCACAUCUUGCUAAUGGUAGCCAAAAGGUGACUGAUAGGAAUGUCGAAAUCUCGACGAGAGAAGAUUCAAAUUUUGGUAAAGAGUUUGGCUCUGGCAAUUCUAAUAUGGAGCCAGUCAUGAAAAAGAUAGAAGUCAAUAAUCCUAAGUAUGAAAAUUCAUCAACUGAGUCAUGGAAUCUACGGCAUGUGAACAAACUUCUAAGCAUGAACCCCAUGUUGACAAAAAAUGCCUGGUUUCACAUGAUGCACGAUUCAAGAGAUAAAGAUCAUGUGGCUAGUAAAAAUUCUUCCUUUCCACACUUUGAUUUCUCAUCAGUGGAAGAUCCGUAUAAGGCAUGUGGGGAAAGGUUGGAUGCCAACUUUGAUCAUGGAUUUCAAGUUGAACAUCCUGUGUCUAUGGUCUCUGGUGUUUCUGCCCUGGAGGGAAUUAAUAAAGAUCUUGCUGAACAAUGCCAUGACGAUGACGGCACUCCAUUUGAUCAGAUAGGUCAAUCAGUUGUAUCUUCUCCUGCAUAUUCAUCAAGAAAUUCAAAGGAAAUCCUACAGGAAAAGGAUCUUUCAACAAGAACUUCUGGUGGAGCUAAGUGGGAGAGUUUGUUGAGCUAUUCCAGUAAAUAUGUUGUAUUUGAUGCUGGAGGUCAUGGGGAUAAUUCAGUAGCUGGGUUUGAGAUACCACUUGAUGUCAUUGUUGAUAAAUGCAUUGUGCAGGAAAUCUUCCUUCAAUAUAAGUAUGUGAGUGACUUCACCAUUAAGUUGCUUGAGGAAGGAUUCGAUCUUCAAGGACAUCUUUCGGCUUUGCGACAUUACCAUUUUAUGGAAUUAGCAGACUGGGCGGAUUCGUUCAUUAUGUCUCUUUGGCGUCAUAAAUGGCAUGUUUCUGAGGCCGACCAGAGAGUAUCAGAAGUACAAAUGUUCCUUGAUUUGGCACUGCAAAGGUCCUCAUGUGAGAGUGACCAAUACAAGGAAAGGUUAUUUGUAUCCAUGAAAGGACAAGGCAUGAUGCUCCCGCCAACUUCUGCCGGUGGUGUCCAUGCCUUUGAUUUUAUCACUUUGGGUUACAGAGUAGAUUGGCCAGUCAGCAUUGUCUUGACUGCAGAUGCACUUAAACUAUACGCUGACAUUUUCAGUUUUCUGACUCAAGUUAAACUGGCUGUUUUUUCACUCACUGAUAUAUGGCGCUUGCUGAAGGAGCUGUUGAGUCGAGAUUCUGGACUGGAUGAACGGGAAAUGAAGUACUUUAAUGUCUUAAUAAAGAUGAGGCAACAAGUCAACCACUUUGUGUUGACAUUACAGCAAUACGUACAGUCACAGCUGUCGCAUGUAUCAUGGUGCAGGUUUUUGUACUCACUUAAGCAUCAGGUCAAAGAUAUGCUGGACUUGGAAUCAGUGCAUAUGACGUACCUGGCUAAUUCACUGCACAUAUGUUUCCUGUCAGUUGACACAAAGCCUGUGGCUAGUAUCAUCCAGAGCAUUUUGCAAUGUGCAUUGGAUUUCCGAUCGUGUUUUGCUGGUGGCGGUUGGAACGUUGGAUCAGGUGGAGAAGACACAUCAGGGCUGCUUGCUCAGAUAAACUUUUCACAGGUACUUGCCAUCAAAGAAACCUUUGAGAAAAACCUGAAGGAACUGUACAUCUUCUAUCUCAAAUCUCCCAAGCACAGCGAAUUUGGCCACUGCCGUUUCUGGGAGUUUCUGAACUACAACAACUACUUCUCGAACGUCAUCGGUAAGGGAACAGGCUGGGGACCUCGGUAAUUGGAAAUUCUUUGGUGGAAGUUCUGAGGUUUAAGAGCACAUUGAAGAUUUCUUGAUGUCUUUGUAGUGGAAGCAAGUUGUAGAGCACCAGAACCAUUGGAAAAUGCCCAAGCAGUGAGCUGAUUAAGAGUGAUUACCACUUGAAAUCAUAUGUGAGUAAAACCAGGAGUGCUAGUUAGUGAGAAAGGAAGAGGAAUGCUACACGUUUGUGAUAUCUGAGCCAUUCAUCAGGCAAUCCCAUUAGAUGGCCAUUCUUGUACGCUUUUAGUUUGAUGGACGACUCAAGGAAUGCCGAUUGACGUCACUUUUUCUGGGCAGGAAUUCCAAUGGCGGCGUGGUAUCAAUGUACAAAGAUCUGGACCACUUACCCAGCAGGCCACGCGAUGUAUGGACCAUGGGCCAAUGGCCAAGCUACUUUUAGACAAUCUUCCCAACAAGAGCAGUGGCCUUUCCCUCAAUUUAAGGGUUUAGGAUUGUCCAGUUCGUCUUGGAGCAAGGCUCUUACACGGUGCAGCAUGUGGUAUGGAUCUCGUCGAUGUCUACCACUGGCCCAGAAUCUUGUGUGAGGUAGAUGUGUGUAUUGCUCUGUAAAUGUGUCCCGAGCCCUUUGGCCCUCUCUUCUGCCUCAUCCUGUCUUCCUGAGGUGUCACUCUAAAGAUGGUAGAUGUGUGUUGCUCUGUAGCUGCUCAUUUGUGCUGCAAUAUUCUGUAAUUUAGUUAGUUUUUUGUUGUUUCGCUGUGAUACUGAAUAGGUGAGGCCCAGCUGUUUGUGGUGCCUGCUCAAAUGAUUGUACAGUUUUUGCGAAUCGACAAAGUUACAGGUUUAUGUGGAAAAAAAAAAAAAAACACUCGUGUGCAAUUGCUAUUUCUUAAAACUUCAGAUAAAUGGGUGGGGCUGAAAAAACAUUCGGAGAUGGCUGUUGAUGGAGUUGGAAGUGACACACUGAAGUUCGUGGUGUUAUUUAUAUAUUUCUACAGUCAGGUUCUUCGAAGGAUCCAGAUUCCUUUCGAGAGUGGGGUUGCUUUUUUUCUUUCUUUCUUUCUUUUCUUUUUUAAAAUAAAAAAUAAAAUUUUAAUAUGUAAAUGUAUGCUCGAACUCAGAGUUGCUUUGUAAUGGUUGUGGUUAGCUAGAAUCUUGUAUCCGGCUUUUGUUUGUGAGUUUGGUCUAACCUCGAUCCGGAAGGUGAGAUUUGAGUUUAUGUUUGACAGUUAUGAUUUGCU